AUGGUCGUCUUUACCUGCAACCAGUGCGGAGAUUCUCUAAAGAAGAACAAGGUGGAGCCGCACUUACGGCAGUGCCGAACCCGUUCUCUUUCCUGCGUCGACUGCCUUACAGAUUUUGACACUCAAUCGUACAACAAGCACUACGAGUGCAUUUCUGAAGAUCAAAAGUAUGGCGGACAAAACUACCAACAACCGGAAUUUAAAGGCAAAGCCAAGCAAAACGACUGGGUUCAAAAAAUCAAGUCGUUGAUUUCCGAAAACCAGUAUCCUCGAGAGAUUCAGAACAUUCUGAAUUCUUUAGUCAGCUAUGACAACAUUCCUAGGAAAAAGCCCAAGUUCGCCAACUUUGUUAAAAAUUCGUUUCCACUUGCCACCAGUCAAGCUGGGGCUAAAUUCGUAGACACAAACAAGACCUUCUAUUCAAAUGCUGAAUGGUGCAACUCGGGCGGCUUCUUAGCCAAAUUUGUCCGAAUCGCCAUAGCAAAAACUACUGAAGGCUCUGGAUCUUCUGCACCCAGUCCACUUCUCAAUUGUAAGAUAUUUGUGCCGGUGAAAAAGAAUGGCAGUGAACCGAGCAGUCCAGACCACGAAAUGCAGACACUGAAGGAUGCAGUCCAGAGUUGGUUUGCCAAAACAGAAGCCAAAGUUUUGUCAGUGGAGACGGAAACUAUUUCCAGUGCCAUCACUUGGACCUCAUCGACCACACUGAUCGACACCUGCCUUAGUCUGAACAAAUUCCCCUGUGAUCAGUUAAUUGUUUUCAAAGUGUACAUAGAUGGCCACUAUGUUGAACCUUCGAAAGAGCCCAAACAUGCUAAAGCAUCCAACUGA